GGGAAAGAAGGAAGGAAGGAAAGAAAGAAAGAAAGAAAGAAAAAGGAAGGAAAGGAGAAGGGCGGGAGAAGGCACUCCUCUGGAAGAGUGCAGCAAGUCCAGCCCAGCUGUUUGCGAACUUUUGGGAGGUUUCCUGUUUCCCCUCCAGGCAGCAAGCAAGGCUGAAGCGCAGGGGAGUGACUCACACAACAGACCCACAAACACACACACACAGCAGCAGCCCAGCCUCGAAAGCUGCCUCUGGCGGGGCCUCGCUUUCUCCUUCUCCUCCUUCCCAGCUUCAGAGAGCCCCCUUGGGCCGCCUCAGAGCCCCCCAAAAGGCCACCACAAUGGGCUGGAUCAGCCCCACACAUGUUCUGCUGUGGGCUCUCCUCCAAGGCGCUGCGCCUCAGCUGGCUGGGGCCACAGCUGAAGAUCAUUUGUCCAAAAUGUUGGAUGGGAAAAUCAAGGUCCGGGCACUUUGCAAGUUUUGUGAUGUAAAAUUAACAAGCUGCAAAAAUGAAGGCCAUUGCAAGAGUCACUGCAAUCUCACAUCUAUCUGUGCUGAUGAGAAUGAAGUAUGUGCAGCUGUUUGGAGAAAGAAUGAUAAAAACAUAACAUUGGAAACAGUAUGUCAUGACCCUUCACAAAAGCUCCAUGGACAUGAAUUGACAGAUUACGGUUCUGAUAAAUGCACAAUGUCAGAGAAGAGGGAAGCAGGAGGGUUGCUGUAUAUAUGCUCCUGCAGUGCGGAAGAAUGCAACGAUGAGCUUAUUUUUUCUCCAGAAGUCCCACCUGUAGAAGUGAAUGAUGUGAUAUCUAAAGUUGCACUAAUAAGCCUUGUCCCGUUGCUUGUGAUCGCCAAGGCUGUGAUCUUUAUCUUUUACUGCUACCGUAUUCAGAGGAGAAGGAAGCUGAACAAAGCAUGGGAGAAAAACGUGAAAUCUAGGAAACAUAAAGACUGCAGUGAUGUCUGUGCCAUUAUGUUAGAUGAUGACCGCUCUGAUAUCAGUUCCACUUGUGCCAAUAACAUUAACCAUAAUACAGAACUGUUGCCCAUUGAGCUGGACACCCUGGUGGGCAAAGGACGUUUUGCUGAAGUCUAUAAGGCUAAAUUGAAACAAAACACAUCAGAACAAUUUGAAACAGUGGCUGUCAAGAUUUUCUCCUAUGAAGAAUAUGCCUCCUGGAAGACUGAGAAGGAUAUAUUCUCUGAUAUAAAUCUGAAACACGAGAAUAUUCUCCAGUUUCUCACAGCAGAGGAGCGCAAGACAGAUCUAGGGAAGCAGUACUGGUUGAUCACUGCCUUCCACUCGAGGGGAAACUUGCAAGAAUACCUCAUAAAACACAUCAUUAGCUGGGAAGACCUCUGGAAAUUGGGUGGAUCUUUGGCACGAGGAAUUGCCCAUCUUCACAGUGACCAUACACCUUGUGGCCGACCCAAAACACCUAUUGUACACAGGGACCUAAAGAGCUCAAAUAUUCUGGUGAAAAAUGACUUAACCUGCUGCCUCUGUGAUUUUGGACUUUCACUGAGGCUGGAUCCUACUCUUUCUGUAGAUGACCUGGCCAACAGUGGGCAGGUCGGCACAGCAAGGUACAUGGCUCCUGAAGUCCUGGAAUCCCGAAUGAACUUGGAUAAUGUUGAAUCCUUCAAGCAGACUGAUGUGUAUUCCAUGGCUUUGGUUCUGUGGGAAAUGACAUCCCGUUGCAAUGGUGUUGGAGAAGUUAAAGAUUAUGAGCCCCCAUUUGGUUCUAAAGUGAGAGAACAUCCUUGUGUUGAAAGCAUGAAGGACAAUGUUUUGAGAGACAGAGGGAGACCAGAGAUUCCUAGCUCAUGGCUCAACCAUCAGGGCAUCCAAAAAGUGUGUGAGACUCUUGUCGAGUGCUGGGACCAUGACCCCGAGGCGCGGCUCACUGCUCAGUGUGUAGUUGAACGGUUCAAUGAUUUUGAGUACCAGGACAGUCUCUCUGGAAGAAGCAGCUCUGAAGAGAAGAUCCCCGAGGAGGGCUCAGUGAACAGUGCCAACUAACAACCAACAGAGCAAAACUUGCACAGAAGAGAAAAGCUGCUCUUGUGUUCUUAUGUACACAGUCCUGGAACAGGAAGAUGUCUUGGGUGUACUUUCUGUGGCACUGAAAAUCUCACCUCUCCUUCAACACUGCAGCUCCCAUGGAAAAGAAGCCAUGAGGAAGCCAUGAUGGGCAAACCAUCAUGCCAGAGCAACAGUUCCCUUGACUGUGUCAUAGGAAGAGCUACUUUGGUGCUUCCCUGAGCAAAGGAGAUCAUAUAAAACGCCAAUCGUGUUUGCACUUUAUCAAUGCCUGCAUAUGUCUAUGGAAGAGCAAUUUUACAUAUGUAUGUAUAUAUCUAUAUCUAUAUAUACACACAGCAAACCUCUGCAGAGAAUCUGCCAGGACACUGGAUAGGAAAGGAUUGCUAGGAUAUUCUUUGCAAUACUGGCAGCAGAAGUGCCUUACUCACCACAACCUGAAUCAGGAAAACAGUAGUAACACACUACACUGUAUAAAUAGUAUACAUUGCUGCAUUUAGUUUUUGCUAUUGAGGAACAGAAAAGUUCACAAAUGCUGAGAGUUUGGCCCAUAUUUAGAACUUGGACAAAGCUGCUUUCUUGGACCACAACUAGCAAAAUCUUCCAGACAGCAUAGCCAUGGAAAAGUAAUUUUUUUCAAGCUCAGAUCAUGUUAAAGCUCUCUCUCACACACACGUACACAACUAUGCAAUGACUGUUCAGCUGAUUCCUGAAUAUAUUACAGUUUUGCAGAUUCAGGGAACCAUUUCUGGACUGAAAUCUAUUUUUUCCUUUCCAGACCUUCAUGGAAUUUGGAAAACUGUAUUUUUCUUUUUCUUCCAUGUCUGUACAAAGGAUCAUUAGUUCCCCCUUCCUCCCUUUCUUUGAACUUGCACUUCUUGUGAAUAGCCUGCAUAUGGGAAGAGAGAAAGAAAGGAGGUUUCCCAGCCCCUUGCUUUAUAAAAUCAGGCAGAGCCAACUAUAAUUGAAACAGAUGUUUUACAUUUGCUGUGCAUUCUGACAAAAAAGUAGACUUUUCUCCGCUCCCACCCUCCCUUUCUGGGAUUUAGUAACAUCAUGUCUAGUUUCUUGAGCCCUUAAGUUCACACUUGAUUUCAUGCCCAGUAUGAAAGGAGAGAACAGCACAUCAAUACCUUCCGGAGUGUCUGGAUUUCUGUGAUGCUCUGGAAAAGGUUUGCCCCUGCGCUACAGGCAAGCAUUGUCUUUGGUCUUCCUUUUUGUGCGCAUUGUAGCCAACCUCUGACCGCUGCUCUUCAGAGCUGCUGGCGAUAUUAGCACAUUCCUAAACUGAUCCCCACAGGCAUGGCUUACAUUCUUUGAGUCUUCCAAAAUAUUUAGAUUUGGAGCUGGCCUCUUGUGGAAUUUUAAAUGAUGGGAUUUCAAACAGUACUUUUUUGCUAGACCAUCAGGGUGCUGAGUUUGUCUCGGUCUUGAGCAGGGCUUGGAAAAAGUCUCUUUUGGGGAGUACCAUUCCAGAAUUCACCAGUCAGCAUAGCCACAUGCCAUGUUGACUGGAAGAUUCUGAGAGUUACCAAAAAUGUAACACUCUAAAUUUGGGGGGGGGGAUCUCCAAAUCUGGUUUCAGGUGCCUUCUGUUUGCUUCUGAAUAGAGACCAAGAAUUUGUUGCCAGUACUGUACACAGUUUAAAUCAAUCUGUGGAAGACAACACCCUCCAAAGUACACAAAAAGUCUCUCAUGUGCAAUUCUCCCCCAGAGAAACUCUUGCUUUGUGUAUCCAAUAGGGAAGAAGACGUAUAUUCACAUAGGAGUUAAAAUUUUAUGGUGGAAAUAUUUAUUUUUUAAAAGAAAGCUUUUUGUGUCUGUUUUUAUAUUGAAAAAAUUCUAGAAAUAUUUAAGCAUUAAGUGGGCAAAGCCCCAGAAAAUGGAAUCCAGACUUAAUAGCAACGGGCUAUGUACUGAACUGUGGAGCUACUGGUAAGACGGGUAUAUACGGGAUUGAAAUGUUGCUAAAGUGAGGUGAGUUCUACUGACCUCUAGUGGUGGUUUCCCAGGGUAGCAUCCUGGAAAUCAGCUGCAUUUAUGGAAGAAACAAACAAACAAACAAACAAAAACAGGGAGCUUCAAUCCAAACUGGAACAUAUAGUGUGCUUUUCCACUUCAAAUCUAAACCAUUGUUUUCAGAAGAGAUGGCCUAAAUGCAAAAGCUAGUUCUAGUACGUCAAUGGGAUUUACGUAGGUUUUAACGUAGUGCUCCGGAAUUGAUUCCAGAGAUCCUCUCUAGCUGAGACUAGCACUUUGAAUUGGGUCAUGUCCUCCUCACCCACACCCAUUCACAUCUCCCUGCCACAACAGCGAGAAAGGAAAAGUUCCAGGAUUCCUAGAUAGCCAUGAAAACAUAGUUCAGGCAGAUUUUGAAGGUGGAUUGGACAAAUUCAUGGAGGAAAAUUCAGUGUUUAGACAAAUUCCCUUUUUUUUUAAGACUACAGGUGCCAUACACUUCCCAGUCAGCAUGACUAUGCUGCCUUGGAGCAUCUGGGCCCUAUAAUCUAAAAAAGCCUGCCUUCCCCCAUGUCCUAGAAAGGUCCAUUUAUGCCUACUCAUCUUUACCAUCAUAUUUUACUUCCUAGCUCAGAAGCAGUCUACCGGUGAAUACCAUUUGGUGGAGAGCUUUAGCACAAGAACACUGUUGUCUUCAUGACAUAUUUGUAGACUUCUCAGAGGAAUCAGCUCUGAGAAGCAAGAUGUUGUAUUAAGUGGACAUUGGUAAGGGUCAAUUGGACUUUGGCCCAUGCAUUUUUCUGCCUGAGGCAAAGGCCAAGGUACCCUUCCCCAAUUCUAUGAACACUGGGAUGGUGGUGAAAGCUUACAGUGUAAACUCCUCCACCAUGGUUUAAGACAGCAGGCCAAUAUAGGGGCAGAGAACCAUCAUACAAUGUUCUGUACUUCAGGAGUAGGAAAUGUGUAGGCGGUCAAGGGAACAUCUAUGGGGCUGUCACUGCCCCUCCUCAGCAGUUGUCACCUGAGUCAGUUGUCAUUCUGCCCAAGGUUAGAGCUAGUCCUCAACUUUUGGCCUGAUCGAUCAGGGCUCAUUUUGUUCUUAUGAGAGCCAGACUGGCUUGACAUUGGUUUAUAUUUGCAGUGUAGAUGCACUGUGGGUCUCCACUCCAAAACAGUGUUGUGCUUGAUAUUUCUCAUGCAAUGCCAAAGAUGAAGAGGGAGAACAUCCAGUAGCUCCUGACAACUCUUUAACUUUUUGUACUAUUCCAUGUAAAGGGAAUUUUUUUUACUUCUUCCAUGGAACACAUCCAUUGUACAACAUGUAUGAAAAUAGGAAUGUGAACAUAUAUAAUCAUGUUUAUCAAAUGUUUCAAGCACUUACCAUAUUUUUGUAUAAAUAAAAUGUUUUAGAUUAUAUGAGGCUA